AUGUAUGAGUGGACAAAUACAUGUCAAGAUAUGUGUUUUCACUCAAAAUAUAGAUCAUAUACUGGCCAAUGUAAUAAUUUUGACCAUCCAACUUGGGGUGUAAGUCAAAUGCCAUUUCUUCGAUUAUUACCACCAAUUUAUGAAAAUGGAUUUAAUACACCUGUUGGAUGGAAUAAAGGAUAUUUAUAUUUUGGCUAUCCAAAACCAAAUCCGAGGACUGUAUCUGUUGAUUUAAUUGGAGCUGAAAAUAUAAGUCCACAUCCUUAUUAUUCUGCAAUGCUUAUGCAAUGGGGGCAAUUUCUUGAUCAUGAUUUGGAUUUUACUGCAACUGCUUUAAGUAGACAAACAUAUGUUGGUGGGGCUAGAUGUAAUCGAACCUGUGAUAAUAUUGCCCCAUGUUUUAAUAUUCCAUUACCUUCAAAUGAUUAUCGUUUACAAGCAAUUACCAAUUCUUCCGAUAAAUUGCCUUGUAUUGAAUUUGAGAGAUCUGCAGCAAUUUGUGGGUCAGGGGAAACAUCUCCAAUUUUUCAACAAAUUACUUAUAGAGAACAAGCAAAUAUAAUAACGAGUUAUUUGGAUGGUUCUCAAGUUUAUGGAAGUACAGAAGUUGAUGCUUUAGAUCUUCGAGAUUUAUUUUCUGAUCACGGACUUUUGCGUUUUGAUAUUGUUAGUUCUGCACAAAAACCUUAUUUACCUUUUGAAAGAGAUUCGGCAAUGGAUUGUAGAAGAAAUUUUUCUAAUGAAAACCCUAUACGUUGUUUUUUAUCUGGAGAUUUUAGAGCAAACGAACAAAUAGGUUUAACAGCAAUGCACACAAUUUGGAUGCGUGAACAUAAUUUAAUUGCUACACAACUUUUAGAAAUGAAUUCGGAUUGGGAUGGUGAAAGAAUAUAUCAAGAACAUAUUACUUAUAAUGAAUGGUUACCUAAAGUACUUGGACAAAUAAAUCCAAGCGUUUCAAAUGCUUUUGCUACAGCUGCUUUUCGUUUUGGCCAUACACUUAUUAAUCCAAACUUGGCAAGAUUAGAUAAAAAUUUCAAUUCAAUACAAGAAGGCCCUCUACCUUUACAUGAAGCUUUUUUUGCUCCCGAACGUUUACUUGCUGAGGGAGGUGUUGACCCUAUCCUUAGAGGGUUAUUUGCAUCUCCUUUGAAACAACCGAUGAGUGAACAGUUAUUAAAUAGAGAAUUAACCGAACGUUUAUUUCACCGGGCACAUAAUGUUUCUUUGGAUUUGGCUGCAAUUAAUAUACAAAGGGGAAGAGAUCAUGGACUUCCUGGUUAUUUGGAAUAUCGACGAUUUUGUGGAUUAACGGUGCCCACAAAUUGGGAACAACUUUCUUUUAAUAUUCCAAACCCUGAGGUAUUGUCACGACUUAAAAAACUUUAUGGCCAUCCAGGCAAUAUAGAUUUAUGGGUUGGGGGUAUUGUUGAAAAACGUUUACCGGAAGCUCUUAUUGGCCCAACAUUUUCUUGUAUAAUUGGAGAUCAGUUUAAAAGGCUUCGAGAAGGAGAUCGCUUUUGGUAUGAAAAUCUGGGUGUUUUUACCCCUUUACAAUUAUCGCAAAUAAGAAAAAGUACUUUGGCAUCAGUUAUUUGCAGAAAUGGGGAUGAUAUUGAUAAAAUUCAACCGGAUGUGUUUCUUUAUUUUGGACAAAAUAAAUUAGCUUAUAAACAAUGCGAACAAUUACCAAGAUUAAAUUUACGCAUGUGGAUGUCUUGUUGUGACGAAAGUUGCUCAUUUCGUUCUACACAGAAUAAUGGGAAAAAUGAGGAAGAAAAUUUGCAAAGGAGAAGGAGACGUUCAAAACAUUUAUAUAAUUAA